GUAGAAUAUAAUCCAGACCCCAAAGAAGUAAAACACUAUAAAUAAUAUACUAUUCAACCAAACCUAUCAGUUAGUAAACGAGAAGCAUCAUUUAUGGUCCCUUUGGCAUAUAUACUCGCAAAGCCAACUUGUGAGAAACCCAGGGGAAUACCACAUGCAUAUAUCCAACACCCAUAAACCGCUUUUUUCUCACCCUGCACCUUCCCCAAAUAACCAAACAUACACCACCAGUUCCUUCACUCCCCACCUCCACCACAAUGGACACCACCAAACCUCCCACCACCGCCACCAAACCAACCGACCCCAAAUCACCACGCCCCCCAAUCUCCCAAAUCACACCCUCCCUCUACCUCGGCGACACAUGUGGAGGAAACUUGAUGAGGAGGAAAGAGGGCCUGGAGACGGUGAUGGGGGAUGUGAGGGGGGGGAGGAAGAUGAAGCAGAAUCCGAAUUUCAUGGAGGAGGGGGGGAGAAGGUGCCGAAAGCGGCGUAUGCGGAGUAUUUGAGGGAGAGGAGGGAGAGGUUGGACGAACCGGGGUUGACGGGGGAUGAACCUAUUGGAGUGCAGUGGUAGGGAUCCUGUAAAAAGGGGAUGAGGGGUGCUGCACUGGUUGGGAUUUGAACCUUGAGAGGUUGUCACGACAGAAGGACUGUGACAGUAGUCUCAGCU